CUACACUUUUAUAGUUAGUACAGCCCGACACCUGUUAUAUUACAAAAUAUUAAUAGUAACAUUAAUCCUACUUGUUAUCAAUAGCCAUUAGUACUUCAAGAAACAUGGUUCGAUGAAAAAUAUGUUAUGUACUUGCAAAAUCAUAUUUUACGUUCAGACUUAUUUUUCAAGUUUAAAUGUAUUAAAUAUUUAUAAAUAUACAGUCGAGCGGUUUGACUAUUAAAUUACAAUGUUUAAAUUUCUUCAAAAUACAAAACAUGCAGAAUUAAUAAGUCGCCUAAAAAUUAUAUUCUGUGUAUUUGUAAUAUGCUUUGCUCAACUUCUUAUUGGCUGUUCGUAUGUAUUCUCGUCGACCCUACUGGCACAACUUCGAAAACCUACAUCGACCUUAAAAUUGAAUAGUGAAGAAGCAUCAUGGAUUGCUAGUAUUUCAGUCCUAGUGUGUCCAGUUGGUUUGAUUAUAACUGGAGUGUUAACCGAUCGAAUCGGAAGGAAAAGAGCUAUUCAAAUUGUCUAUAUACCGAUGAUUAUAAGUUGGCUAUUACUCGUAUUUGCCGAUUCUUAUGAAGCCAUACUCAUCGCUAGAAUCAUUCAAGGAUUCCCUUUCGGUUCAUCGACUUGCGAGUACUUGUACAUCGCGGAGAUAAGCCCGACCAAACUGCGGUCGGUGUUCUUCUCGACGGUCACUCUGUUCGUGGGGUUAGGCAUAAUGACCGAAUGGUUAUUGGCCAUGUUCUUCCACUGGAACGCCCUGUCCGCGGUGCUGUGCGCCAUGAGCGUGGCUGGUUUUGUGAUGGUGCUGUUCGUGCCGGAAUCGCCGAUGUGGCUCAGGGCUCAGGGUCGGGUUGAGGAGGCGGACCGCGUGGACAAAUGGUUCGGCCUGAAGCGCGCCGACAUUUCAGUGUCCGCGUCACGGCCGUCCAAUGAUAUCGACGUUCCGUAUUGGUCGUUAUACUUGCAGCGAGCUGUAUGGAAGCCCACCCUGAUCACAUCCGCGUUCCUGUUCCUGCAGCAGUGGAGCGGCGUGUACGUGCUGCUGUUCUACUCGGUGGACGUGUUUCACGACUGCAACGUACAACAGGACGGCACCACCUUGUCCUUGCUCCUGGCGUGUGCACGCGUGACGGGUGGCAUAACGUUCACGUUCCUGCACCGGCUCCGGCGUAAAACACUCAUGGUCAUUUCCGGCGUUGGCGCGUCCACGUCGCUGUUCGUCGUCGUGGUGUACACGCUUAUUUUCCGUGACGUCGCCCAUCCACCCUACGGCACAGUCCUCGCUACCGCAUUCAUCGCAUACAUGUUCUUCAACCUUCUGGGAAUCCUACCGUUACCAUGGAUAUUAUGCGGCGAAGUGUUCCCAAUGACCGUUAAAGGUACUAUGAAUGGAGCUGUGCAGACAUGGGGAUACUUUAUAAUGUUUCUGAUCAUUAAAUUAUAUCCAUCGAUGGUAUUGAAAUUUGGCAUUGAAAUGUCUUUAUCAUUAUUUGCGACCAUUUGUUUAAUAAAUUCCUUAUUUGGAGUAUUCAUAAUGCCAGAAACUAAAGGCAAAUCUCUAGACGACAUUUUAUCGUAUUUUGUAACGCGAAAAAAAAACGGACUAAAUGAAAAUCUCUAAUAUUAUCAUUUUAUAAGACCAUUAUUUUUUUAAGUUUAUUCAUAAUGAUAUAAUA